AUGGCAGACACAAGCACCCAAAUACAGGCGGGUGGCACGACAUCCACGCCGUUGACGUUCGAAGAAAUUGAUGACCUCAUCUACUCCGCGCGUCUGGGCGACGUAGAUUCAUUGCGGACAGAUAUCACAAAUCUUAGCCAGAAAUAUGGGUGCACGGCGUCUGACAUUUUACAAUGCGCCAUUGACUUGGAAGACGAGAGCGAAGGAGGAACGGGAGCGUGUUUGUUACAUUGGCCAGCUGCUAAUGGGAAUAUUGAAACCCUCAACUACCUCCUCAGUCUCCUUCCCACGCCACAACCAACCCAAACGCCAACCGAAACAUCCCAAAGUUCCCAGAGGCCGACAAACUCGAUAAUAAAUCACCGCAAUAACUCCGGUAAUACCCCGCUGCACUGGGCAGCCCUAAAUUCGCACCUGGAAUGUGUAAAAGCCCUAGUCAACGCUGGCGCAGACAUCGCGGCCAAGAACAAUGCAGGCCAUGAUGCCGUCUUUCUUGCUGAGAGGUCGGAGUUGGCUGCGUUACCUGCUGAUGAUGAGGAUGUGGACGAGGGAGGAGGAGAAAAGCGAGGAGACGGAGAGUCAAUUGUGAACUGUGUCACUGCUAUUGAAGGUAACGGCGAGGCGGAUGAAGGAAGACCAGUUUCGCAGGGCAUGCAGGUGGUCGAGUGGUUGUUGGGUUGUGAGGAGGGGAAAGGAUUGGAAAGAGGGGUGGCUAUCAAUGAAGUUGGAGACAGUUGA